CAAAUUAGGUGCCUAAACUAACCCGUAUAAUAAACUCACAAACUAAUUAGUAGUAGAUGCGAUUCCAUGUCUAGUUUUCCAAUUUAACCCAACCCAACCCAAUCUAGCUUAGGCCGGCUUGAUGGCUACCUCUAGUAAUUGUUUUGUGGGUAAAUAGCAACUCCAUUCCAAGAAUUCAAAGUUCCAUUCCAACUCCAAUUUCGUCACAAACUCACAUUAGUCACAUAUCACAAUUAGCUUAGUUCCGACAUAACAAUGGCAGCUACAAUCUGUCUCCCUUCAUUUCCUCUUUCCAAAACCUUCCCACCAUCCUCUAAAAUUUCAGUAAAACCCCUGGCAAUUCUCAGCCCAACUGGGUACAAAAUGGGAGUGCAAUAUGAGCUAAAACAAGGGCAGAAUCGUCAGUUUCACGAGCUCUCAUCUGGGUUAAAAAUGGAGGUAAUUUCCAUGAAGAAACAGAGAAGGAAAGAAGAUGAAGAAGAGAGAGAAAGUCCGCCGCUUGUAUUUGUCCAUGGUAGUUUCCAUGGUGCUUGGUGUUGGGCUGAACAUUGGUUGCCUUUCUUUUCUCAUCAUGGCUUUGACUGUUUUGCCCUCAGCUUGCUUGCUCAGGGUGAGAGUGAUGCUCCUGCUGAUAAAGUUGCUGGCACUCUUCAGACACAUGCAGCUGAUGUUGCACACUUUAUCAAGAAAGAACUUACACCUCCUGCUGUUUUGGUUGGACAUUCAUUUGGAGGUCUUAUCGUUCAAUAUUACUUAUCAAGCCUAGGAAACAAGCAGAUGUUAGAUAUGAGCAAUCAACACCCAGAUCUUGCGGGAGCUGUACUUGUUUGCUCUGUGCCACCGUCGGGUAAUAGUGGCUUAGUGUGGAGAUAUCUCUUUUCCAAACCAAUUGCUGCUUUCAAGGUUACUCGCAGCUUAGCAGCAAAAGCUUUUCAGACCGAUUUGUCACUUUGCAAAGAAACAUUUUUCUCCACGCAGAUGGACGACAACCUGGUCCAAAGGUAUCAAAUGUUGAUGAAAGAGAGCUCAAGGCUGCCUUUGUUUGAUUUGAGGAAGCUAAACGCUUCUCUUCCUGUUCCUUCAGUGCCUGAGUCUUCUGUUAAAGUUCUCGUUGUGGGUGCAAGAGAUGACUUUAUAGUGGAUGCCAAAGGGCUUGAUGAAACGGGUAAAUUCUAUGGUGUCUCUCCCAUCUGCGUGGAUGGAGUUGCACACGAUAUGAUGCUGGAUUGUUCUUGGGAGAAAGGUGCCAAUGUUAUUCUUUCCUGGUUAAGGACUAUUGACUCCUGAGACAAGGGAUUUUUUUUGUGAAUGUUUAUUUUAGUUCAGUGGCUUCUUAGAAGCUCAGUGAGUUGUAAUUAGUCAAACAUUGCAUUAUUAACUUUUUGUUCUGGAAUUUUAUUGUUGGUAACCUUCUAUCAUCUGUCAAGUGGUUCUAAGCUUCUAACUAUAGCCAAGAACUAUGUGUAUAUCAUUGAUAGAUGCAAGAAUCAUAGUCUAUAAACGAUUCGAAUACUUAUUGUAAUAGACUUGUGACUUUAUCA